AUGAAAGCUAGGGUGAACUGGGGAAGUGGGCAGCAGCAUGUGAUAAAUGAAUUUGAUAUGAGUGGUGGUGGAGAAAGGAAGUUCUUGGAUGAUACAGAUCUAUCACUUGCAUUUGCUGAAAAGAUGGAUGAUAAGAAGUUGUUCUUGUUUGUUGAUGUUGAGGACAAACCCGUAGAAAUGUUUUGUAAUUCAGCAGUUAUAGAGACAACAGAGCUGGAACCGACGGAGAUCAGGGAUGCGCUGCGAUGCAUUUUGCACACCAUAUUCUUCCAUACAACCCUCAGCCUGGUUCGCCCCAAAGAUGUUGACUGUGAUUUCCUUGAGAUCACUUAUGUACAAUGUGGUCUACUGGAAUUCGAAAAGGAAGUUGAUGAAAAGAUAGACCAGUUCACUGCUUGGGUGGAGAAACACCCAAAUCGCAGAAGCCAGGUCUGA